GUUUCGUGCUGGUUUAAUUAGUUUCCUUUAUUGUCCUGCCGUGGGGAUUAAAAUUUCUUGAGUCAGCCAGGGAGAGAGUCACUUGAUUAUGUUUUAAGCGAGAAGCGAAAAGGAGUUUCAAUUAUCAUCUACGACAUUGAGGAGCCGAGAUUGGGGUCGACUCCUUUAGCCAUGUUGGCUGCGACGUGUAACAAAAUCGGGAGCCCGAGUCCUUCUCCAUCCUCUAUUUCGGAUAACUCUUCGUUUGGAAAAGGAUUCCACCCGUGGAAACGAGCAACGGCCAGCAGCUGUAGUUUAGGAUCCAGCUUAUCCUCGUUCAGUCGGAAUGGUGGUGGUUUAAGCGACUCCUUUGGCACGAACACUUCCACGGGAUCCAGUGCCUUUUCCUUAACUUCUGGAACUUCAUCCAACUCCCACUUCGGAAACGACUACUCCGUUUUCCAGGCUUCGGUUUCCAACAAUUCCCAAGAACCCAGCCAUCAGCCCAUGUUUAUUUCCAAGGUGCACACGUCCGUGGACAGUUUGCAGGGCAUUUACCCGAGAAUGAGCGUGGCGCACCCGUACGAGUCGUGGUUCAAGUCCUCGCACCCUGGCAUACCCACUGGAGAUGUGGGCACCACGGGUGCAUCCGCGUGGUGGGACGUGGGAGCCGGUUGGAUUGACGUGCAGAACCCGAAUGGAGCCGCGCUCCAGACGUCUCUUCACUCCGGAGGGCUGCAGACUUCGUUACACUCUCCUCUGGGGGGAUACAACUCAGACUACUCGACAUUAAGUCACUCUGCUUUUAGCACCAGUGCGUCUCCGCAUCUCCUGACCACCGGUCAGCAUCUCAUGGACGGAUUCAAACCCGUGCUCUCCUCUUAUCCGGACUCCAGUCCCUCUCCCCUGGGUGGAGCGGGUGGUUCCAUGUUGACGGGCGGUCCGACGGCCUCGUUGGCGGGUUCUCCGCGGUCUUCGGCGCGGCGCUACUCGGGUAGAGCGACGUGUGACUGUCCGAACUGUCAGGAGGCGGAGCGGCUCGGUCCAUCUGGCGCGAGUCUCCGUAGAAAGGGGCUUCACAGCUGUCACAUUCCCGGUUGUGGCAAAGUGUACGGGAAAACGUCGCACCUCAAGGCUCAUUUGAGGUGGCACACUGGAGAAAGGCCGUUUGUGUGUAACUGGUUGUUCUGUGGCAAGAGGUUCACGCGCUCCGACGAGCUCCAGCGGCAUUUACGCACGCACACCGGCGAGAAGCGCUUCGCUUGUCCCGUGUGUAACAAGCGCUUUAUGAGGAGCGAUCAUCUCAGUAAACAUGUCAAAACGCACAGUGCCGGGGGGUCUUCAGGGUCGGGCUCUGGGGCGAGCGGAGGAAAACGAGGCAGUGAUACCGAUAGCGAGCACAGUGCGCCCGGUAGCCCCUCGUGCCACUCACCUGACCUGUUGCAACCUUCCGAGUCUGUCCCGACACCGGGUAUAAACGGCCGGGCAAACUCCCUCGAUUAAUCCCAUUCAAAAUGCACCUACAUGAAGACUUGAAUGGACUAGUAAUCUAUUUGACGGUGCGCAAAAGUUUGUGGUGUUCGUUUGGUAACACUUUAUAAUAACUUUCAAUAAUAAAUUGUUAACAAACUUUAUAAAGUGGUUAAAAUAUGAAUAGUUAAAUACGAAACAGUACGAAUCAAAGUUUCAAGUUAUCUGAAUGUACAUUAACUAACUGUCUAGUAAGUUUUAUAUACAUACAUUUAUAUUUGUUUAAGUUAUUGUAAAGUGUUGCCUGGUGUUCUUUAAGAAAUAACUGUGUGGCCAUUUCACAUGGAUGUUGUAAAGUGAUUAAAUAUAAGAUUAAAAGGUAAUUUACAAAUUAAGUAAGCCUUUUUUGGUCUGCACAGAUUAAAUGUGACACGAAUUUGGUAAAAUAAGAGAAUAUUUAAAAGGACAUGACUUGAUAUGUGCAUUCUGAUGGGUAUAUGUCGGAUAGGUUUAUUUGUUAUGGAAAAAGUGGGGGGAAAUAUUUUACCCAUCAGUGAAGUGGCCUGUCAUUGCUAAAAAUUUUUUCUUUUUCUCAAACCAAACUGUGGCACUUUAUUCAUGAACACUACUAAAAUCCGAUUUCGGAAGAAUAACUUGCCGUAGUGUUGAAUAGACCUUUUUUUUUUUUGUCAUUUGCAAAUUGAAUAAGAAUAGUCUAUAUAUCGCACAUUGGUCUUUGUCAAAACUACAGACUACAAAUCCUAAAGUUUGUAUGAAAUGUACUUAUUUCCUGUUGCUGCAAAAGAAUGUACAUAUUGAAAAUAAAAUAGAAUAGAAGGUUAUUCCACGCUGAUGUAAAAGUUGGGUAAUGUAUUUGUUCAAGACAAACAUUUGAAUAGUAUUUUAGUUGCAUAUAUUGACUCUAGUAAAUAUUCAAAACUGUACGGGAGUGUUUUUUUGUGAAGAAAAACGUCAUAUUUAUCCAAGAGUUGGACUUGAUUUGUGGAGGUCUGUCAUAGACGCACUUUGAAAUGAUUUGUAAGAUUUUAAAUUCAGAAUUCAGUGUUUAAUCACGUUUUCUAAUUUAUGUAAGCAUGCACAUGUAAAGUGAGCGUUUAUUUCACAUCGUUUAUUUGAAAAAUUGGCUCUCUAAUUUGAGCCACUCAAUAAAGUCAUCAUGGAUUCAG